AUGACAGAAAAGUUGGACUUGGAGCCAGUCCCAUCGGCAAAGUCACUGGCUUCGACAUUUUCGCCUGUCCAAGAAAUCCUGUUCAUCACGUUGGUUUGCAUGGGACAAUUCAUGACACAAACCAACAUCGGAAUCGUCCUUUCGCCGCUAAAUAUCGUGUCUGAUAGCUUUGGAAUAACGGAGCCCGGAGUUGCAAGCUGGUUCUUGGCUGGGUACUCCCUAACUGUUGGCACAUUUAUCCUGGUGUCCGGUCGAUGUGGUGAUCUAUUUGGUUAUCGCCGAAUGUUCAUUAUUGGAUUCUGCUGGCUUGCACUCUGGUCUCUGGUGGCAGGAGUCAGUGUCUACUCUAAUCACAUUCUUUUCAUUUUCGCUCGUGUCCUUCAAGGCAUUGGUGGUGCACUGUUGUUGCCCAAUGGCCUGGCUCUGCUCGGAGCAACAUAUGCCCCAGGAAAGAAAAAGAACAUGAUAUUUGCCAUUUUCGGUGCCACUGCUCCAAACAGUGCACUUUUGGGGACUGUAUUUGGUGCAAUCUUUGGGCAAUUGGCAUGGUGGCCAUGGAUAUACUGGUCGCAAACCUUGGUCUGCAUAGUUUGUGCCGCUCUGUCCUUUGUUGUAAUUCCCUCUGUACAUCAUGACGCCUCUUUUGAAUCUUCCCUCGCCGGUCUUCUCAAAGCUCUGGAUGUACUUGGUGGAGCUUGCGGAAUCGGUGGACUCGUGCUGGUGAACAUAGCAUGGAACCAAGCCCCCAUUGUCGGAUGGAUUGAGCCCUACGUUUACGUGCUGCUCAUCAUUGGAAUCGUCCUGAUACUGGCCUUCUUCUAUGUUGAAUUUUGUGUUGCCGAACACCCUCUGAUUCCCUUUCACGCUCUUAGUCGCGAUGUCUCCUUUGUUCUUGGGUGUGUUGCCUGUGGUUGGGGAUCUUUUGGUGUCUGGAUCUACUAUUUCUGGCAAUUUCAAGAGAACCUCCGCCAAACUACUCCUCUCUUGGCAUCCGCUGAAUUCGUGCCAGUGGCACCGAUGGGUAUCCUGGCUUGUGUCGUGACUGGAUACCUCAUGGGUCAUCUGCGCCCGGGGAUAAUCAUGAUGUUGUCGAUGACCGCUUUUACCUUGGGCAAUCUUCUGGUGGCAAUUGCACCAGUGCACCAGACAUACUGGGCGCUGACCUUUGUUUGCCUGUUGGUGAUUCCUUGGGGCAUGGAUAUGUCAUUCCCUGCGGCUACCUUGAUGCUUUCCAAUGCGGUGGAACGGAAGCACCAAGGUAUCGCUGCUUCUCUUGUGACCACAGUGGUCAAUUAUAGUAUUUCGCUGAGCUUGGGAUUCGCUGGCACGGUCGAAGUUCAUGUGAACAAUGGAGGCAACACUCCCGGCGAUGUUCUGAAAGGUUAUAGGGGUGCCUUGUACGUGGCUAUUGGGCUUGGGGGACUGGGAAUGGCACUUAGUGCAAUCUACACUUUCAAAGGGUAUCGAGUUGAAAGUCGAUCCAAGGAGGUUGAAAGUGUGGAAAGUGGGAAAUAG